AUGGAAGCGAACAACUUACAGUACAUUAGAUGGCAUCAAGCUGAGCUUUUUGCCGAAUCGUAUCAGGGACUUGUGGAUCACAUCAACCAACAGCUCCAACUAGACGCACCCGUGGCGGGCGUCGGCCGUAGGAUGAUUUUGCCAUCGUCUUUCACAGGCGGUCCCCGUUUCAUGAAACACUGGCCGGAGAUCUCACAAAAUCUACCAAGAUGGGCAACGGCAAGCGACAGACCGGACCUGGUGUCCAGAGUGUUCAAUGCGAAACUCAAGCAGCUGAUGCGCGACAUAACGGUGAACAAUAUAUUUGGUAAUGUUGAUGCAUAUGUUUAUACUGUCGAGUUUCAGAAACGAGGACUGCCACAUGCCCACAUACUGAUCAUUCUGAGUGAGGGUAGCAAGUUGCUAACCGCCGACGACGUCGACAAUGUAGUGUACGCCUUCUUGCCAGACCCGGUGACUGAGCCGCGUCUAUUCGAUUGUGUGACGAGACACAUGAUACACGGGCCGUGUGGCACGCUGAACCCAAACAGCCCAUGCAUGGUGGACAACAGUUGUUCAAAGAAGUUUCCAAAAGAAUACAGCGAAGAGACUGUAUACAUUGCUGACGGUGGUUACCCAAAGUACUGUCGGCAAAACAACGGACCUGUGGCCAGGGUCAGAAAUCAAGAGGUCAGAAAUGAGUUUGUCGUGCCUUACAAUCCGUACCUGUUAGCAAAAUACGAUGCACACAUUAACGUAGAGGUAUGCUCUACUGUGAAGAGUGUUCAUUACAUAAAUUCGAGGUACGUCAGCCCACCAGAAGCCGUCUGGAGGUUGUUUGCGUAUAAACUACACGACAUCAGUCACACGGUAGUUAGGCUUCCGGUGCACCUAGAAAACUACCACAACGUGUACUUUUCGCGUGGACAGGAACUACAGGGGGUACAAAACAACGCCCUACCUCGAACAAAACUCACGGCGUUCUUCGCGCUCAACGAGAGAAACGUUGAUGCCAGACAGUAUCUUUACCACGAGAUACCGACACAUUACACUUGGCAAGUAUCGUCAAAAGAGUGGAGACUACGGCAAAGACAGGCACCUUGCGAGACGUUAUAUCGGAUGUACGUCGUCAACUCACUGGAUAGAGACCGUUUUCAUCUACGAUUGCUACUCUUGCACAGAAGAGGCCCGCGGACUUUCCGAGACUUGAAGACGGUAAACGGGGUAGUGCAUGCCACAUACGCGGCCGCCGCCGUUGCGUUGGGAUUGUUGAAAGACGACGAAGCGUGGCGGGCGUGUAUGACAGAAUCAUCGGCGUUGGACACAGCCACUCAACUGCGUUAUCUAUACGUCACGAUACUAUUGUUUUGCCAACCCACGGACCCCGUGGACCUGUACCGGCGGUUCGAAGUCAACAUGAUGAAAGACUUCAAUCGGCGCUUCCAAAACGUCGACCGCGCUAGGGCGGCGUGUCUCAAAGUAAUCAGAGACCUACUUCGUGCACGCGGAAAAUCACUCGACGACUACGGUCUACUCAGUCCAGACGAAGAUCUAUUGGAACCGGAUCAAGACGACCCAAUGUUCGGUGCAAUAGACGCGGCCGUUGCCUGGCAACAGCGAUUGCGCGAAUUGAACGACGAACAACGAACGGUGUACGAUCGAGUGAUGGCGGCCAUCGAUGACAACCGCAACGUCCAGAAAAUGUUCUACGUCGACGGGCCAGGAGGAACGGGAAAAACGACGCUAUACGGAUGCCUAAUAUCGUCGCUUCGUAACAGACAACAAACGGUGUUGAGCGUGGCAUACACCGGGAUCGCCGCAUCCCUCAUGGAGGGCGGCAUGACGGUGCACUUGACUUUCGGAUUGCCAUUGGGAACGCUGACCGAACAAUCUACUUCGAGCAUCACCAUGCAGUCUUUGCGCGCGCAAAGGAUACGUGAAGCUUCGCUGAUUGUCUGGGACGAAGCGCCCAUGUCCACGAGCCUACAAUUCACGAUGGUCGAUCGCUUGCUCAAGGACAUCAUGGGAUCGGCACUACCGUUUGGUGGUAAACCAAUACUGUUAGCUGGCGACUUCAGGCAGAUAUUGCCCGUCGUUCGCCGGGGGAACAGGAGCUCCAUCGUCAUGUCAUCUAUCAAACGCCACUCAUUGUGGAGAGAGUUUGAACAGUUUCGGCUGACCCGGAACAUGCGCGCCGACAACGACGCCGACUUCGCUGCUUGGCUACUUCGGCUCGGUAACGGUCAACUGCCGUCGGUCGACGGUAUUCCAGACACUGUCGACAUCCCAACUGGUUUGCGACGUUGUGGAUUUGACCGAUUUUGUCUAUCCGCAGCGAAUGUCGUUGGCCAACGUAGACGAGUUCGCUCGGAGAAUCAUACUGUGUCCCCGCAACGAGGAAUGCCAUCAAAUAAAUUCAACAGUGCUACGUCGCGUCACGGGCGCCCAAAGAACGUACUCAUCCAUAGACACAGUUGUGAUCGACGACGCCGACGAAGCGGCAAACUACCCGACAGAGUACCUCAACUCUCUGCAUCCGAACGGGCUACCGCCGCACAAGUUGACGCUUAG